CAUCCGCUCUUCUAUUGCUACAUGCAACCGAUUGCUACAUAUUCAUGCAUGUAUUCUGGUUGUUUUUGUAUCGUAAAUUGUGGCCUGUCGAUAAGGCGUGAGAUAAGACAAUCGCCACCGACUGGUCCUGGCACUCCCCUUUGUCUCUUACCACCAUCUAACACCCCAUAUCGCAUGUACACGUUCUUACAAACCUCUUAACUGUAUCUCUUUCGCGAAAAUGCGCGUUCGUACUCUCGAAAUACGCUGGCACGACAGCAAACCCAUCUCGACCUGUGACUUCCAACCUGUGCCAUUCAAGAAGGCUCGGCCUGCGCAGGAGAAGAACUUUGCAGGGCAGUCUUACAAGUUGGCUACUGGAGGGGAAGAUAAUCAUGUUCGGUUAUGGUUGGUUCAUCCAAACAUACUCCCUCAAUCUGUGGCGGAGAGCGCGUCAACUUCUGGUGCUGAGGUCCCCACUCCUCGCCCACCAAGAGUAGAAUACCUCGCUACGCUGAGUAGACAUUCUUCUGCUGUGAAUGUUGUUCGAUGGAGUCCUGGCGGUGACUUAAUUGCCUCUGCGGGAGAUGACGGAAUGGUGAUCAUCUGGGCACCAACCACGAGUCCGCAUGCUACCAGUUAUGGUAGUGAUCUGACUCCAGAAGAACUUCAGUAUGAGAAAGAACAUUGGAAACCUCGUACUACUUUCCGCUGUACUACCAUGCAGGUGUAUGACAUCGCAUGGAGUCCAACAGGGGAGUAUCUUAUUGCAGGCAGCACUGACAAUUGCGCGCGAAUUUUCACUGCCAGUGAAGGUAAAUGCGUGCACGAAAUCGCAGAACACAAUCACUUCGUCCAAGGUGUUGCCUGGGAUCCCCUGAAUGAAUAUGUGGCUACUCAAAGUAGCGAUCGCUCGAUGCAUGUGUACAGCAUCACUCAAAAGAACGGCAAUCUGGAAGUCCACGCAGUAGGCAAGAACACCAAGAUGUCGCAUCGCAGCAGUCGUGCUCCCAGCGUCCAUAAUCGCCCAAGGUUAACUCGUCGCGAAUCUGCUACAAGCGAGACGGAGUCUGUCAUGACCAGUUUUAGCGAGCAAACCAGAGAAGAGAAUCAUGCAUCCGGGUCAUACUCUCAGCAUGGUAACCCCUUGUUAACACCGACGGCAUCUGUUCCCAGCACGCCUUCGUCGACUAUGUUCCCUCCACCUACAUUCGAGAGGUCACAUUCUAGGCGUUCAUCGUUCAGCGGAUCGAAUGCUGCAAAUUCGCCUUCGACUCAUGCUCGUUAUGCUCGUUCGCCCUCACCCAUGCCAGCCCUUCCCGCCAUUCGCAUGCCUCCCAAUAAUGCCUCUUCGUGGAAUUCCGUCAAGCUUUACGGCGAUGAGAGCUUCACGAAUUUCUUCCGAAGGCUUUCAUUCAGUCCUGAUGGAGGGCUGCUCUUAACUCCCGCAGGCCAGUUCGAAGAUCCGUCUAUUCACCCGGGAUCUUCACGAGCCACCGAGGAGCCACCGAUUCGCGGGAGGAAGGGCGGACCAUCGCCGUCAACGCAGGAAGAUAGUGCAAACGCAUUGUUGUCAUCGUCGUGCGUCUACAUUUACUCCCGUGCCAACUUCGCGAGGCCGCCGAUUGCGAGAUUACCCGGUCACAAGAAACCUAGUGUCGCGGUAAAGUUCUCGCCCAUUUUGUAUGAACUGAGGCCGGGCGUGACUGGACUUGAACCUCAUCUCGAACCUAAGGCUAUUGCGGUGGAGAGGGGAAGUGAUAAGUCGGUCGCCAUCGACCUCACCGGACCUUCACCGAGCCUGGCUCCUUCACAUAAUCCUGAAGGCGCUCCUCCACUGUCACCUCUCAAACUCCCUACCUCAGGUAGUUCGACCGUGCCUAUAUUUGCACCUUCGCCGAGAGUCGCUAUUCCACCGUCUCCAGCGUUGUCGGCUACAGAUUCCUUGCGAGCUCCUACACCGCUUGGUUCAAAGCCAUCCACCCCAGGUAUUACACCUGCGCCUAAUGUGACGUCUUCACUAUUUGCUUUGCCAUAUCGGAUGCUGUAUGCCGUGGCCACCAUGGAUACUGUGACCAUAUAUGACACGCAACAAUCAAGUCCAGUUUGUCUCUUGACCAAAUUGCAUUAUGAUGAGUUCACAGACAUGUCAUGGUCUCCUGAUGGCCAGUGUUUGAUCCUAUCGUCACGGGACGGAUAUUGUACCAUCGUCGUUUUCGACGAGAUCUUGGCCACAUAUCAUACGCAACAACAGACGCUCCAGUUUCAGAGUAUCGCUCACCACCAUUCACUGCCUCUAACAAAUUCAACCGUUGCAACACCAAUGUCCACACCCUCCGUUACAACGUCAUCACUUCCAAAUCUCGUCUCUCCAGCGGUGACACCUGUGGUGCCGACCAAGCGCGCUGCUGAACCUCCAUUAACUCCAGCGGCGAGCGUAGAUGAAAACCAUGGUUCCAAUGGUACCUUCGGGGAUUUUGGUGCCGCAGAUUCCGGUACACACAUCGUUACGGAGGAUGAAGUUCGCGAACCCCCGAGAAAGAAACGCCGUGCUGCUCUCACUCGGGUUGCAGAUUUGGACUGAUGAUCAUGAAUAUGAACCAACUUGAAAUUCUUGCCAUUAUUCUGAAACAUUGACUCUGCUUUUCACUUGGCUUUCCUCACGUUGUCGUCAUUUUGUACUGUACGGAACAUCUCCAACAUCGUAUAAUCGCUGUCUCAGUUUC